GACACGACCAGAGCACUGAGAGAUAUCAGGUAUUGAUGUAACUGGAGUGAAUAAGGGAACCUUUUUCCUGAACACAGACAUUGGAGCCUGUUAUCAGCAUGAACUCAUAUGUGUUAGACAAACACGUCAAUAGUUCAUAUCAAUCCUUCACUACAGUCUUAGAUACCAAUGACUAUUCACAAGCAUUGGGGAUAUCACAGCAGAUAUUUAGAGAAGAUGGUGAAUUGACUGGAACUGGGCAGCAAUCACUAUGUACAGAGAGUAAUUUAGUCAUCAAACAAGAGGACAACAUUUAUGCCUUAUCUAGUGAAAUGAUUAUCCCCGAGGAUAAACCACACACAUUUACUGAGUUUUCAAAACCUAUUAAAGAAGGGAAAAGUCUACAGUCUAGCCAAAUGAUUCAUACAAAGGAGAAACCUUUUCAAUGUACAGAGUGUGAGAAAAGCUUUAGAUGGAAGUCUCAUCUACUAGAACACCACAAAAUUCACACCGGUGAGAAACCACACACAUGUACUGAGUGUGGCAAAUGUUUUACACAAAUGAAUUAUCUCAACACUCAUGAAAGGAUUCACACAGGAGAAAAGUCAUUCACUUGUAUGGAGUGUGGAAAAAGUUUUACACAAAUAAGUACUCUGAAAACUCAUGAAAGGAGUCACACAGGAAAAAAGCUUUUCACGUGUACAGAGUGUGGAAAAAGUUUUAUGCAAAUGACUAGUCUGAAAUAUCAUGAAAGGAUUCACAAAGAAGAAAAGCCUUUCACAUGUUCAGAGUGUGGAAAAAGUUUUACACAAAAGAGUGAUCUGAAAACUCAUGAAAGGAUUCACACAGGAGAAAAGCCUUUCACAUGUACAGAGUGUGGAAAAAGUUUUACAGAAAAGAGUAAUCUGAAAACUCAUGAAAGGAUUCACACAGGGGAAAAACCUUUCACAUGUACAGAGUGUGGGAAAGGUUUUACACAAAUUAAUCAUCUGAAAACUCAUGAAAGGAUUCACACAGAAGAAAAGCCGUUCACAUGUACAGAGUGUGGAAAAAGUUUUACAGAAAAGAGUACUCUGAAAACUCAUGAAAGGAUUCACACAGGAGAAAAGCCUUUUAAAUGUACAGAUUGUGGAAAAAGUUUUACACUAAAGAGUAGUCUGAAAGCUCAUGAAAGGAUUCACACAGGAGAAAAGCUUUUUACAUGUACAGAGUGUGGAAAAAGUUUUACACUAAAGAGUACUCUGAAAAAUCAUGAAAGGAUUCACACAGGAGAAAAGCCUUUCACAUGUACAGAGUGUGGAAAAAGUUUUACAACUAUGAGUACUUUGAAAACUCAUGAAAGGAUUCACAAGGGAAGAAACCUUUCACAUGAUUAGAAAGUGGAAAAAAGGUUUUUAUUGAAAUCAGGUAUCACAGAACAGCAAAUAUUUACACACAAAUAAACUUUUUAAACACAGUGUACCAACCUUUUUACAAUUAUCGUAAAGAGGACAAACUCUCUAAAUGGAAGCAUUAAAAA